AUGAGCUCGAACCAGCGCGGCGGAGGGGCGGCAGCGCCGCCGCCGGAGAGGAAGAAGGAGGAGGAGAUGAUGCUGCCCCAGGGGGGCCUGGACCUUCUGGAGAACUGCGACCUCCCCCCGCCGCUGAAGGUCUUCCAGGAGCCCCCCCACCGGAAGCCGGACGGCGCCGCCGCCGCCGACGAGCACCGCCACCUGCUGAGAGCCCUACGCCUGUCGCAGACCCGCGCGCGAGAAGCCGAGGCGGCGGCAGCGGCGCUGGCCGAGAGCAACGCCCGUUUGGCCUCCCUUCUCGCGGGGGAAUCGAUGAGGCUCUACGCCCAUCGCCAGUGGCUGAGGCUCCUUGAGGCGGAGAAGACCACCUGGCUGCGCCGCCAGAAGACCAACAACGCCGCCGCUCCCGUCGCGGACCCCCCUACAACCGGCGGCGUCCUCCUCGCCCUCUGUCUGGGCAUCGCCGGCCUUGGCUUCGUGAUGGGCUACCGAUUCCUCUUCUGA